AUGGCUUUUGGCAAUCAAAAUUUUUCAUACGUCCAAAUCCACCAGAUGGCCCAUUGGACACUCGAGAUGAAUGGAAUCCUCUCAUUGAUCGACUUAAGGAACUUUACCAGUUUCCGCAUCCUAGUAAGCAGAUUCGGGAUUAUAGGUUGGUGUCUGGAAUUUGGUACUACUACUUUAAGUGAGAUCGACAUUAAUUAUGUAUGCUGGGUGGUAUUAACAGAUACAUUUUAUUAUACACGAAGCUCAAUCGCUACCCUGAGCAUUGGGUUUAGCGAAGAGACAGAUGCUGUAGAUCCUCCCGGCAAUCUCAAUAAUACUCCUGUGGUUCGCUGCCUCAUAUGUACAAGGAACCAUCCUACGGGUGACCACAGGGGACUAUGCACAUGGCACCGGUGUCGGGAUAACUAG